AUGACGGUCGCCGUAUCGUCUCGCCGGCCGACGACGACGAUCGGCGCGAUCGGAGCCCUCACGCUUCAGCUCGUGGCGACAGCGCUGGCGGGCCCGAUAGCCCUGCCUGGUUGCCCGGAGAGCUGCGGCGGCGUACAAGUGCCGUACCCGUUCGGGAUCGGCCGGGGCUGCUUCCACCAAGGCUUCAACCUCACCUGCGACGAGGCGCAGCACCCGGCGAAGCUGCUGCUAGGGGAAGGGGACGGCGCAGAUCAGGUGCUCGGCAUCUCCUUGCCGGACUGCACGGUGCGCAUCCAGAGGAAAAUCUCGUGGUCACAGUACGCCGCCGAGUUCAACGGCUCAUGGUCCGUUCCGACGCCGGACGACGGGCCCUUGAUGGUGUCGAGCGCGCGCAACUCCUUCGUGGCGUUCGGGUGCAGCGUGCUGGCGAGGCUCAUCCCCUACGACACCCUUGGCCCGCUUACCUACUCCAGCGUCUGCGCCGCCGGCUGCAUCCACACACCCGAUGCCUCCUCGUGCUCCGGCAUGGGCUGCUGCCGCACGUCCAUCGCGUCUCUCGGCGCCGACCUCCCGUCGUACGGCAUCCAGGUUAAGCAUCUGGAAGGGGGAACCGGCCGCUACUACCAUAGAGCAGCUUUCAUAGUUGAUCAGGAGUGGUUCAGCAGAGUCGAGGCCGAGAUGGCGAGAAACUUCAGCAACCUGUUUUUUCCAAUCGGUGCUUUUCCGGUGAUGGUGGAUAGUGUUCCGGUGGUGCUGGAGUGGUCGUUGGAUCUAAUACGCGACGCAGACUUGUUCGUGUUGUCGCCUAUAGGUCCCCGAUCUUCUGACUUCAGAGGCCUAAGCUCAAACAGUUUUUCCUAUACUAUCGGUGGAAAUUACGACCGAAGACGGUGCAACUGUUCUCACGGAUACGAGGGCAAUCCCUAUAUUGGUGAUGGAUGCCAAGAUAUUGACGAGUGCCAGCUGCCAGAUAUUUACCCAUGUCAUGGAACCUGCAUCAAUGUGCCUGGGACAUACCGAUGCUCAUCAAAGAAAAGCAUCAGGAGCCUUCCUGGCUUAAUUGCUAUAAUAGCAACAAGUGCUGGUUUUGGCCUACUAUUUUCAAUUCUGGGUGUUGCAAACGUCAUCAAUAAACUCAAGCAAAGAAGGGCAAAACUUCUAAGGCAGAAGUUUUUCAAGAGAAACCAUGGAUUGCUUCUACAGCAGUUAAUCUCUUCAAAUAAAGACAUAGCUGAAAGGAUGAAGAUUUUUAGCUUUGAAGAACUAGAGCAAGCAACCAACAAGUUUGACCAGAAUCGCAUCCUUGGUGGUGGAGGUCAUGGCAUAGUCUACAAAGGCAUCUUAUCUGAUCAACGUGUCGUUGCCAUCAAGAAGUCUAAAAUUGUGGUUCAAAGGGAAAUUGAUCAGUUCAUAAAUGAGGUUGUUAUACUUUCGCAGACUAACCAUAGAAAUGUGGUGAAGCUCUUUGGUUGUUGUCUUGAGACUGAAGUUCCUUUACUAGUUUAUGAGUUCAUAUCAAAUGGAACCCUAUCGUACCAUCUUCAUGGACAAUAUGAAAACCCUCUAGUUUGGAAUGAUAGACUAAGGAUUGCACUGGAAACUGCAAGAGCAAUUGCUUAUCUACAUUGUGCAGCUUCCAUAUCAGUGUUCCAUAGAGAUAUCAAAUCUGCAAACAUACUGCUUACCGAUACUUUAACAGCAAAAGUGUCAGAUUUUGGAGCUUCAAGGUCAAUUUCAAUAGAUGAAACAGGAAUACAGACUGCCAUCCAAGGAACUCAUGGUUACCUGGAUCCUGAAUAUUAUUACACUAGUCGACUCACCGAGAAGAGUGAUGUCUACAGCUUUGGUGUAAUUUUAGCAGAGCUACUAACAAGGGUUAAACCGGUAUUCUCUACACAUUCAUCAGAAGGCAAAAGCCUAGCAUCACACUUCGUGUCUAUGAUAAAAGACUGUUGCUUGCUAGAUAUUCUAGAUCCACAAAUUGUUGAAGAGGGAGGGUCCGAAGAUGCUGAGGUUAUUGCAAGGCUUGCAGAAACAUGCUUAAGCUUAAAAGGUGAAGAAAGGCCUACAAUGAGACAAGUGGAGAUAAUUCUCGAAAAUAUACUAGGAUCAAAGGUCCACUCCAGUUCUCGAGUUUCGAGGACAAUUCAAAUUGUUCUUAAAGAUCAGUCAAGCAACCAAAGCAAAGGCAAUGAAGGAACUAGGCUAUACAGCUUGGAGAAAGAGUUCAUACAAUCAUCUGAAAUUCCAAGAUGA